UCACGGCAACGCGGGGGCGGGAUCGUUCUAGAGGGGCGGGCCCGGAGUCACGUGAUCUCAUUCGGGGGUGGAGCUUCCAUCUAGAGCGAGGAACCGAGGCUGGGAGGCGGAGAGUCUCUGGGAGGCUGUUGCCUGGCAACGCUCGGGCGCGCGGUCUCCACGGCCUGGCCCCUCCCUCCCUCGAGGAUGUGGGCUCGUAGUCACGUGACUCGGGCCAACCGGGAAGGGGGCGCGGUCCGGGACCCGGCCGGACGCGGCCUGGGCGGGAGGCCCGAGGGCGUUCGUGUGGUGCCCAGGCUGGGUCCCCAACCCCUUUGGUGGGGGAAACUUGAGUCUCGAGUGGGCCCACAGAGGGCCAUGAAGGUGCUGCUCCUCACAGCGCUGGGGGCCCUGUUCUUCACCUACUACUGGGACGACAACUUCGACCCCGCCAGCCUCCAGGGCGCCCGCGUGCUGCUGACAGGGGCCAGUGUGGGUGUGGGCGAGGAGCUGGCGUACCACUACGCCCGCCUGGGCUCGCACCUGGUGCUCACUGCGUACACCGAGGCCCUCCUACAGAAGGUGGUAGGGAACUGCCGGAAGCUGGGCGCCCCCAAGGUCUUCUACAUCGCGGCGGACAUGGCCUCCCCCGAGGCGCCCGAGCACGUGGUGCAGUUUGCCCUGGACAAGCUGGGUGAACUUGCUGAGUUACGUGCAGCUGACCUCGCGGGCGCUGCCGAGCCUGACGGACAGCAAGGGCUCCCUGGUGGUGGUGUCCUCGCUGCUCGGUGCGUGCGCUGCCUAGCUCCGCGGGUGAGCGGGGCGGGGAGGUCCACCCCCGGCGCGGGCGAUCCUGGAGCGGGCGGGAAGGCUUCCCGGAGGAGCGCGGCCCGGUGUCGCCGCUCAGCUGCCGCCCCCGCGCCCCCAGGCCGCGUGCCCACGUCCUUCUCCGCGCCCUACUCGGCGGCCAAGUUCGCGCUGGACGGCUUCUUCGGCUCCCUGCGGCGCGAGCUGGACGUGCAGGACGUGGACGUGGCCAUCACCAUGUGCGUGCUGGGCCUCCGGGACCGCGCCCCCGCCGCCGAGGGCGUCAGGGGCGUCACGAGGGCCGAGGCGGCCCCGGGGCCCAGGGCGGCCCUGGCGGUGAUCCGCGGCGGGGCCACGCGCGCCUCCGGAGUCUUCUUCCCGCGGCGCUGCCGCCUGCUGUGCCUGCUGCGGCGCUGGCUGCCGCGCCCGCGGGCCUGGUUCAUCCGCCAGGACCUGAACGUCUCGGCCGCGGCCGCCGCCUGAGCCCCCGCACCUUCGGGGGGCGCUCCACCGGGCGCGAGCAGACGCGCCCCCGCGAGGCGGCGCAGCCUGAGCGCAGCCGC